AUGAAAUUAGAACCGAAUGAUCGCGUAUAUAUUAAUUGGAAAAUGUUAGAAGAAUGUUAUGAAUUUAUCAAAGGAUCAUAUAAUGAAACAAAUAAAGAUAUAGACAAUAGGUUUCGAACUUUUACAUCAACCCCAACAACAUCUUUAAUGAAUAAAAUAUCUAAUAAAGAUGAGAUAAUGAAAUCUAUGUUUGCAUCGUUCAAACUUACGCUAUAUAACAACCCAAGACAAGUCGGCAUUGAUAUGAUGCCAAGAAUAAAAUCUGAUUAUUCAUCAGUCAUCACGAAUAAUACCACACCAUCAUCAUAUUUGUGGGUGGUUCCGUUUAUUAAAUCUGACAAUAUCAAAGAUAUAGAAUUGUAUUUUAUCAGAGUUUCUUCUUUAAGUAUUGUUAAUGGGAAGCAAGGCGAAUUUUCGGGAGUCAUAGGGCCUUUUGGGAUCAAUUCCGAAGCUGCAAAGUUUCCGAAAACUUUGUUUGCUCCAAUCCCUACUAAAACUGAAAACAUUGAUGGUGGUGAACCAACACACCCUGAUGAAACGGAAAUUUUUAAUAAAUCUACGCCAUCAAAGAUACACAUGGCACAAUUAUUGGAAGAUGAGAUAGGAUCAAUGGGAGAGAUG